UUUAAACAAGUUGACCUGUAAACCAGUCUGUGUUUACUGACCAGGGGAAAAUAUCACCUGUAAGCGCUUCACUCCGCGGUGUUUUGUUAUCGGAGAACCGAUUCUGAAGUGAUUCGGAUGGGAUACGCUAAGAUAAGCUAGGGAGCCUCAUCACUGAAAGGGUUGUUGAAUGCAAGCUUCUUUAAAACUUUUAAACCUGUUUUCUUUGGAUUUUCAAGUGUUUAAGACCCCAGGUUUUGUCGGGUGGAAUAGUAAUUCUGGAUGCCGUGCUUGAAGCUUGAAGACAUUUUGUCCGAAAAGGAAACGGCGCUAUGGAUCCGUCAUCUCCACCCGAGCAGGAGACAGGAAACUGCACUAGUGACGGAGGAAGUUUGACGGAGGAAGUCCACCUGCGCCGCUUCCUGUGCUACGGCUCAGAGAGCGCCACCUACAGAGCGCGCGAGCAGAAGAACCCGUGCCUGGAGUGCGUCACGUCCCUAACCGGGCUGCUCGAGGCUGGACGAGGCAGCGAGGCGGUACAGGAGGUGCGGAACAUCAGCAUGAGGGGAGGAGUCAGGAGCUCGGGCCCCGCCCUGUUCGCCCUGGCCGUGAUCUCGCAGCACUCGGAUGUGGAGGCCAAGCGAGCGGCGUACGGCGUGCUGAAGGAGGUGUGCGCUUCCCCGAGCGAGCUUUUCAGUUUUGUUCAGUAUAAGAAGGAGCUGAGCGGCGCCGGGCAGCGCGGCAUGUGGGGCCGAGCGCUGAGGAAAGCCGUUGCAGACUGGUACAAUGGACGCGACGCUCUCACACUGGCACACCACGUCACCGCAUGUAAGAGGAAAGGAGGCUGGUCUCAUCAGGACCUGUUCCGAUUGGCGCAUCUGAAGCCGGCCAGUGAUGCCAUCACUUUGGUGAGUAAAUACGUGACGAAAGGCUGGAAGGCGGUGCAGGAGAUGUACGGGGAGCAGGAGAAGACCGAAGACGUGAUGAAGGUGUUCAUGUAUCUGGAGGCUGUGGAGAAGAUCAAGCACACGAGCGAUGAGCUGGAGGUGGCGCAUCUGAUUGAGGAGCACAAACUGGAGCGGGAACACCUCCUCACUAAACACCUCAAGUCCCGAGAGGUGUGGAAAGCUCUGCUGAAGGAGAUGUCCCUUUCCACGCUGCUAACACACCUUGGGAAAAUGAGUGCGGAUAAACUCCUGUGCUCUGGAAGUGCGGAGACGGCCGCAGUGUGUGAGAGGAUUCAGGAUGAGCACGCUCUGCUGAAGGCUAAAACUCAUCCGCUUGGCGUUCUCCUGGUGGCGGAGAGCUACAAGCGAGGUCACGACAAGCGAGGGAAGUUAAAGUGGAAGCCAAACAGAGACGUCAUUCAAGCGCUAGACUCCGCCUUCUGCAAAUGUCUCUCAAACGUCGAGUCUACGGGGAAGCGCUUCGUGGUUGGAGUGGACGUGAGCUCUCGACUCGGCAGCGUUGCUCUCGGCAGCUUCAUCAGCACGGUGACCAUAGCUGCAGCCAUGACCAUGGUGAUCACACGGACCGAGCCCAGUGCCGAGGUGGUGCUGUUUUCGGAGGGAGCCGUCGUUCCAUGCGCCGUCUCGGCCGAUUCGUCUCUCCUCCAGAUAACCAUGCAGUUGGUGCAGGUGUGCAGCAGCUGUACAGAUUGCGCUCUGCCGAUUACCUGGGCUUCGGAAAACGACAAAGUGGUGGACGUGUUUGUUAUUUUCACCAAUAACGAGACCUGGCCUGGGAGGUCGAAUCCAGCGCAGACUCUCAGGACGUACAGACAGAAAUUCGGCGUAACCGCGAAGCUGAUCGUCUGCGGCAUGACGACAAACAGCCUUAACCUGGUGGAUCCGGACGACGGAGGCAUGCUGGAAGUCUGCGGGUUCGACUCGCACACCGCCGACGUCAUCCGCGACUUCAUCACAGGAGUCAUAUGAGAAAGGUGCAUCAUGGGAAAGCGAAAUGACACCAUUUUUAAACCUCCAGCAGGCUGGACGGAGAUUUUAGCGGUUAAACACUUCACGAUUCCGCUGCAACACUGCAUUCGGUUUUAUGGAAUAUAUAUUAUACACAUUUAUUUUUGGUAUGGGGGAAAAUUCCUGGACAUAGUCAUGCGACUAGAGGAUGUAGCGUGUAGGUAGCAAAACUCUUAAGCUAACGACUGAAGAUGCAGAUGAAUCUGUUUUUUUUUUUUUAUUACUAUUAUUUGUUAGCGUGUUUUUUUCGGUAACAUUUUCUUGUGGCAGUUUAAUGAUCUACUACUAGCACCACAAAAAACGUCUGUCUUGAAUUGUGUUGUCGCUGUGUCAGUGUGGAUUGGAUUGAAUUGAAUAUCCUGAUUUUUUUUUUCUUUUUGGCGAGCACUUUUUGUUAACAUUUAUUAGAUUGAAAAAACAUUUUAACAUUACUAAAUUUAUUUAAGACACGUGUUUUGAAGUUAUCAAUGCAGAUAUCAGUGCAGUACUUUUUUCCAUCUAGUCUGUGUGUGAUAGGCGUUUCUAAGCCGGAGUGGGCGGAGCUUAAAUGUGUGUUCAACUGACCAAUUGCUAACUUGAAAUCUUAUGACGUCACAACUUUGGCUUUGGGAGGAAGAAGUAACGCUUCACCGUGCCUCACUUUUAUGCCAAAUACCAGGUUCCUGAGGUUCGGAUUUAUUCUCAGCAUGGUCUCGUUUGCACUUGGCUAGUCACAUGCAACUUAAGCCCCGCCCAUUUUGUCAGCGUGGGAACAUUUUACAUAUAUUUACAGUGAUAGUUACUAUUUUUCUUUUAUUAUAAUUAUUAUUAUUAAUAGUUAGACCAGAGUUCAUUGACAUCAUUAACUAAUAACGAAUGAAAUCUAAAUGUAGCCGCUAGUUAGCUAGCCGCCAAAUUCUGUUAUGCUAGCAGCCAUGUGCUGAUCAACGGCUGGAAGAUUUCUUUCUUCCUUUCUCAGAACUCCCUCUCGCAGAAGCUAGCUAGAUAACUAGCUAAAGUGGUGGAUUAGCCAAGUGUUUCUGUCGAGAGUGAGCGAGUAAAGAGAUUUGGAACACAGCUGUUGUUAGCAACAGUAGCACUUUAGUUGUAGUUUCAGGAGGUUUGAACCGAACUGUGAUGUUAGCUGAUGAUCAUCUGGAACGUUGAACAAAGACUGAGUCUGGAGUCGAUGAGUUUCCUGCGAAAUGAUAAAGCCGCACUGUGAUCGCUGUAACUGUAGAGAAUCCUGCUUCGUACCUAUCCUUUAAGCCCUCGCUGCGCUGCCAGUGAAUCGCUGUAGCCCACACCACGACGCCUGGAAACAGCCAACACUUAAUAAAAGACCUUUUUAAAAAAAUAUCUACAGCACGAGUAUUGUUUUGUUUGUUCUCACUGUGUCGUGUGACCGUGUUUCCACAGAAGCCGGAUGGAAACAUGGGGUGCUGAUACUUCUAAUCUUGUAAAAUACAGCAAAAUGUUUGAGUCGAAAGCAUCAGAGAAAACUUGAAUCCAACCAGUGAUACAGUUUAAGGCUGAAUUUUUAUCAGAACAGAAUUUUAAAAUGGCAUCAAGGGACCACCACAUUUAAAAAAACACACACAAAAAAAAUCAGAGAUAGAAAAUACUGACUGAACAAGGAAAUGGUGUUUGAAUUCUUUACUGGUGAGUGUUAUUAUUAAUAGACGUACACUAUAUAUCAAGUAGGAAGUCAAUGGGGAUGAAACUAGUGCAAGUCCACUGGAUGAUCCCUAAUCUAGGGCCCUUACACGAAGUGUCAAAUCACACUAUAUGUUCAUAAAGGAGUCAUUCGGGAUUCAGCUCCGUGUUCCCUAUACAGAGAGACUAUACAGGCUGUGAAAUAAGGGAUUUUGCACCUCAAAAAGUGCACAGUAUGUCAAGUGGGAAGUCAUUUGGGGAUACAUCUCUCUACUCCCUACUUAAGUGCACUAC